AUGUCUUCUUUGAAGGAUGAAGUACCCACUGAGACUUCCGAAGACUUCGGUUUUAAGUUUUUAGGUCAAAAACAAAUUCUACCUUCCUUCAAUGAAAAACUGCCAUUUGCAUCUCUACAAAAUCUCGAUAUUUCAAACAGUAAGUCUUUAUUCGUUGCUGCCUCUGGUAGUAAGGCGGUGGUCGGCGAAUUACAAUUACUGAGAGAUCAUAUCACCUCCGACUCUACUCCGUUAACGUUCAAGUGGGAGAAAGAAAUCCCAGAUGUAAUAUUUGUGUGCUUUCAUGGUGAUCAGGUUUUGGUUUCAACCAGAAAUGCAUUAUAUUCGUUAGACUUGGAGGAAUUGAGUGAAUUUCGAACGGUCACUUCUUUUGAGAAGCCAGUUUUCCAAUUGAAGAACGUUAAUAACACUUUAGUAAUUUUAAAUUCAGUCAAUGAUUUAUCAGCACUGGAUUUAAGAACAAAAUCGACUAAGCAACUGGCACAAAACGUUACCUCUUUUGAUGUCACAAAUUCGCAGUUAGCAGUUCUACUAAAAGAUAGAAGUUUUCAAAGUUUUGCAUGGCGAAAUGGCGAAAUGGAAAAACAAUUUGAGUUCUCUCUACCGUCAGAAUUAGAAGAGCUUCCAGUAGAAGAAUAUUCCCCUUUGAGUGUUACCAUUCUCUCUCCACAGGAUUUUUUGGCGGUUUUCGGUAAUGUUAUAUCAGAGACCGAUGACGAAGUUUCAUACGAUCAAAAAAUGUACAUUAUAAAGCACAUAGACGGCAGCGCCUCAUUUCAAGAAACUUUUGAUAUUACACCUCCAUUCGGGCAAAUAGUAAGGUUCCCAUAUAUGUACAAAGUUACCUUGUCUGGUUUAAUUGAACCUGAUGCAAACGUAAAUGUGCUAGCAUCAUCAUGUUCAAGUGAAGUAAGUAUAUGGGACUCGAAACAAGUUAUUGAACCUUCCCAGGAUUCUGAACGAGCAGUAUUGCCCAUCAGUGAGGAAACAGAUAAGGACACAAAUCCAAUAGGUGUGGCAGUUGACGUCGUUACUUCAGGCACUAUUCUAGAACCUUGUUCCGGUGUUGAUACGAUAGAGCGAUUGCCGCUCGUUUACAUAUUGAAUAACGAAGGUAGCUUACAGAUAGUCGGGUUGUUUCAUGUGGCAGCAAUCAAAAGCGGCCAUUAUAGCAUAAAUCUGGAAUCUUUAGAACAUGAGAAAUCUCUCUCUCCUACAUCAGAAAAAAUUCCUAUUGCUGGACAGGAGCAGGAAGAAAAAAAGAAAAAUAAUGAAUCAAGUAAGGCUUUAUCAGAGAAUCCUUUCACAUCAGCAAAUACAUCAGGCUUCACUUUUCUUAAAACACAACCAGCCGCUGCCAAUAGCCUGCAGUCUCAAAGUUCUUCAACCUUUGGUGCUCCCUCAUUUGGAUCAUCCGCAUUUAAAAUUGACUUGCCAUCAGUCUCAUCUACCAGUACUGGUGUAGCGUCCAGUGAACAAGACGCAACAGAUCCUGCUUCUGCUAAGCCAGUAUUCGGCAAACCCGCGUUCGGAGCUAUUGCCAAAGAACCGUCAACAUCAGAAUAUGCCUUUGGCAAGCCAUCUUUUGGUGCUCCCUCCUUUGGCUCUGGAAAGUCAUCUGUUGAAUCGCCUGCCUCCGGAUCUGCCUUUGGUAAGCCCUCUUUUGGUACUCCUUCCUUUGGCUCUGGAAAUUCAUCUGUUGAGCCGCCUGCCUCCGGAUCUGCAUUUGGUAAGCCCUCUUUUGGUACUCCUUCCUUUGGCUCUGGAAAUUCAUCUGCUGAGCCGCCUGCUUCCGGAUCUGCCUUUGGUAAGCCCUCUUUUGGUACAUCUGCAUUCGGAACUGCAUCAAGUAACGAAACUAACUCUGGAUCCAUAUUUGGAAAGGCUGCAUUUGGUUCAUCAUCUUUUGCACCCGCCAACAAUGAACUUUUCGGAUCAAACUUUACUAUUUCAAAACCUACAGUUGACAGCCCAAAGGAGGUAGAUUCAACGUCACCUUUCCCAUCUUCUGGCGAUCAAAGUGAAGAUGAGUCUAAGAGUGAUGUAGACUCUUCUUCGACACCUUUUGGUACGAAACCUAACACCUCUACGAAACCAAAGACCAAUGCCUUUGAUUUUGGGAGUUCUUCCUUUGGAUCUGGAUUUUCAAAGGCUCUGGAAUCUGUUGGUUCCGAUACAACUUUUAAAUUCGGUACUCAGGCUUCACCUUUCUCUUCACAGUUAGGAAACAAAUCACCAUUCAGUUCCUUCACAAAAGAUGAUACUGAAAAUGGAUCUUUAAGUAAGGGCUCUACCAGUGAAAUCAAUGACGAUAAUGAAGAACACGAAAGCAAUGGUCCCAACGUAAGCGGUAAUGAUUUGACAGAUUCUACGGUUGAGCAAACAUCUUCUACUAGAUUACCGGAAACUCCCUCGGAUGAAGAUGGUGAAGUUGUCGAGGAGGAAGCGCAAAAAUCCCCCAUAGGCAAGCUAACUGAAACUAUAAAAAAAAGUGCCAAUAUUGACAUGGCUGGUUUAAAAAAUCCUGUAUUUGGAAAUCAUGUCAAAGCAAAAUCCGAAUCGCCGUUUUCAGCAUUUGCAACAAAUAUUACCAAACCAAGCUCUACAACACCUGCUUUUUCGUUUGGUAACUCCACAAUGAAUAAAAGUAAUACAUCUACGGUUUCACCAAUGGAAGAAGCUGAUACUAAAGAAACUAGUGAAAAGGGCCCCAUAACCUUGAAGAGUGUGGAGAAUCCGUUUCUACCAGCGAAAGAAGAAAGAACUGGAGAAAGUUCUAAAAAGGAUCAUAACGAUGACCCAAAAGAUGGUUAUGUAUCAGGAAGUGAAAUAUCUGUAAGGACUUCUGAAAGUGCUUUUGAUACCACAGCAAACGAAGAAAUUCCAAAGUCACAGGACGUGAACAAUCAUGAAAAAAGCGAAACAGACCCAAAAUAUAGUCAACAUGCUGUGGUUGAUCACGAUAACAAGUCUAAAGAAAUGAAUGAAACUUCGAAGAAUAAUGAAAGGAGCGGUCAACCAAAUCAUGGUGUCCAAGGAGAUGGAAUAGCAUUGAAAAAAGACAAUGAAAAAGAGAAUUUUGAUUCAAAUAUGGCAAUAAAGCAAUUCGAAGACCACCAAUCUUCAGAAGAGGACGCGAGCGAAAAAGACAGUAGACAAAGCAGUGAAGUUAAAGAAUCAGAUGAUAACAUGUCACUCAACAGUGACCGGGAUGAAAGUAUAUCUGAGUCCUACGAUAAACUGGAAGAUAUUAAUACUGAUGAGCUACCUCAUGGUGGAGAAGCUUUUAAAGCACGUGAAGUGAGCGCUUCCGCUGAUUUUGAUGUACAAACUUCAUUAGAAGACAAUUAUGCUGAAUCUGGCAUACAGACAGACCUUUCAGAAAGUUCCAAGGAAAAUGAAGUUCAAACGGAUGCCAUACCCGUGAAACACAACAGUACACAAACUGUUAAGAAGGAAGCAGUCGACAAUGGUCUGCAAACUGAGCCUGUUGAAACAUGUAAUUUUUCUGUUCAAACAUUUGAAGGUGACGAAAAUUAUUUAGCAGAGCAAUGCAAACCAAAGCAAUUGAAAGAAUAUUACACAAGUGCAAAAGUAUCAAAUAUUCCUUUCGUUUCACAAAAUUCUACGUUAAGGUUGAUUGAGAGUACAUUUCAGACGGUCGAAGCUGAGUUUACUGUUCUGAUGGAAAACAUCCGGAAUAUGGAUACUUUUUUUACUGAUCAAUCGAGCAUCCCUUUGGUGAAGCGUACAGUGCGGUCUAUCAAUAAUCUGUAUACUUGGAGAAUACCAGAGGCUGAAAUUCUAUUAAAUAUUCAGAAUAAUAUCAAGUGUGAACAAAUGCAAAUAACAAAUGCUAACAUUCAAGACCUGAAGGAAAAAGUUACAGAUUAUGUCAGGAAAGAUAUUGCACAAAUAACUGAAGAUGUAGCCAAUGCAAAAGAGGAGUAUCUGUUUUUAAUGCAUUUUGAUGAUGCUUCGAGUGGAUACGUUAAAGAUCUCAGCACGCAUCAAUUUAGAAUGCAAAAGACAUUACGUCAAAAGCUAUUCGAUGUGUCCGCCAAAAUUAAUCAUACUGAAGAGUUGCUGAACAUUUUAAAAUUGUUCACUGUAAAGAAUAAGAGAUUGGACGAUAAUCCAUUAGUGGCAAAACUAGCUAAAGAAUCUCUUGCACGUGACGGUUUACUAAAAGAAAUCAAAUUAUUGCGUGAGCAAGUGAGUAGGUUACAAUUGGAGGAGAAAGGUAAAAAGGCUUCGUCGUUCGAUGCAUCCUCUUCAAUAACAAAGGACAUGAAAGGAUUUAAAGUAGUAGAAGUUGGGUUGGCCAUGAAUACGAAAAAGCAAAUUGGUGAUUUCUUCAAAAAUUUGAACAUGGCAAAAUAG